UCCCUUAUUGUCGCUUCAUCCCUCGGACUUCAACGAUUAGCGAUUAGGAAAGAGGAGACUCUUUUUGGCGUUGUAUUCCUCAAGGAUAAUUAAUCUUUCAAGGAUGAUCUCCGCGAUGAAAAUGUGCUGCGGGCGACUAUCGCAACGAUGGAUAUUUGCUUUCAUGGGGUUUUUGGCGAUCCUGAAUGCCUAUUCGAUGAGAGUCUGCCUCUCGAUCACUAUUACGGAAAUGGCGAUCCCGGUGAAACACAAUUAUACAGACGAAACUUGCAAUUAUGAUCAUGAAAAAACCAAUGAAACUGGAACAGAGGAUAAUUCGAUGGAUGGGAGAUACAAUUGGGAUGAACGUACGCAGGGCCUUAUCCUCUCGUCCUUCUUCUGGGGCUACAUUGUUACGCACAUACCGGGUGGAAUACUAUCUGAGAGAUUCGGCGGUAAAUACACUCUCGGUCUUGGCAUCUUUUCGACCGCGAUAUUCACCUUGCUGACUCCGCUGGUAGUCCAAUGGGGCGAGGAGGUCGGUCUGAUCGUGUUGCGGAUUCUCAUGGGUCUCGGCGAAGGUACGACCUUCCCGGCGUUGAAUGCCAUGCUGGCGCAGUGGACGCCGCCGGAGGAGAGAUCGGUAAUCGGUUCGCUGGUAUUCGCUGGCGCCCAGCUCGGUACAGUGUUCGCCAACCUGAUAUCAGGCCUGAUCCUGCACGAGUACAAGUGGCCUGUGGUCUUCUACGUGUUCGGCGCCAUUGGCGUACUGUGGUUUGCAGUGUGGGUGCUAAUUUGCUACAAUAACCCGUACGAGCACCCGUACAUCUCCGACCGCGAAGUCAAGUUUUUACAUGAACGUAUGAACGAGCACACUCAUACGAAACCACCGACCGUACCCUGGCGGCACAUGUUGCGCUCGGCGCCCCUCUGGGCCCUAAUCGCCGCUCAAAUCGGCCAUGACUGGGGUUUCUUCACCUUGGUCACUGAUCUGCCCAAGUACAUGAGUAGCGUGCUUGGAUACUCCAUCAAGAGCAACGGUCUGGUCUCUGCGUUACCCUACCUCAUCAUGUGGUUCUGUAGCAUAGGAUCAUCUUGGUUAGCCGAUUGGAUGAUCACCAAGGGCGUCAUGUCGCGUACCAACGUGCGAAAACUUGGCACCACAAUUGCCUCCAUAGGCCCGGGGGUCUUUAUUAUCGCCGCCUCCUACUCCUCGUGCGAUCGAACGCUGGUGGUAGCCAUGUUUACCAUUGGCAUGGCUCUAAUGGGUACCUUCUACCCCGGAAUGAAAGUCAACGGGUUAGACCUCACUCCCAAUUACUCCGGCACCUUGAUGGCGCUGGUGAAUGGAGCAGGUGCCAUCACAGGGAUCAUCACACCAUACAUCGUCGGAGAGCUGGCGCCCCAGCAAACUAUGACCCAAUGGCGAAUCGUUUUCUGGAUCGUCCUGGGUGUUUUCAUCCUAACAAACGCGGUCUUCGUCGCAUUUGCCAGCGGCGAAGUUCAGUAUUGGAACGACCCCGAUUUCAUCAUACGAGAUCGGGAGGAAAGGUUGCAGAAAAAGAACAAAAAAGCGAUAUCGGCGGAAAAGUCAUGAAAACAUGACGCUUUUCCUCGUGGUGCCUUAGAGAGUGAUUUUAACAAAUGAAAAGUAAACCUGACUUGUUAAUAAUCUCGUGACAUAUCGUCCCUUCUCGACGAUCUCUUAAGGUCCGCCCGUCGUUUUGUUACAACUUUCAACAAAGAUCUCACAUCUGCGUGAAGGAAAGAUGCCCGAAAAAUAUGCGCAUUAACACCUCUAGUCCAUGAUCCUUGGAUAACAAUUUGCGCAUGGCAUUAAGUCGCUUGGUGCCGAAAUGCAUCUCGAGUUCACGUCAACCCGUAUCGCGAACGCUGAAUGUGCCGGCGACGUUUACGCAAGCGAGUCUUUUCGUCGUGAAAGAGGAAACUGUAAAUUAAAGCCGAUAGAUCAACACACAGCGAUUGUACAUAUUACGUAGGGUUUAAGUAAAUGUACAGUAUAAAUAUAAUUUAAUUAAAUAAAACACUGCACGCGCAUCUUUAUUUCUAUUACUCGAAUCUUUCCAGAUAAUCUCACAGAAUUCGAUUCAGUGAAUCUUAUUGUGAAAGAGCGAUCGAUUAUAUUGGCGAGCGUGUUUUUUGUCGAGUUAUCCAGUCAUAUUUAGACGUGGCUAUUUAGUAUCCAACGGCUCAGAAUACAAAUGAGAUGCUUUAAGGAGUGCAUAUCAACCUGUCAACUUUCUAUCGGUAUUUUUCGUUCGAUAUAUGCGCUAAAUACGAUAUGCAGCGUACAUGAUGUGCCGUUCAUUCAAAGAUAUACUACAAUUAAGUAAAAUGUAAUGUAAAACAUUCUGCGUCAUCGAAUAAAUAAAUGAGCGGCGGUUUCGAUCAGCGGCUUUAUUCUCGAAAAAUAUUUAGAAAAUCUAUAAUACAUUGCUAAAUAUAGGAAU